AUGACAAAUAAAUGGUUACUAUUGAUAUUAUAUCUUUUCAAUACUUUCUUAUCAAUUAAAUCUCGUGAAGCUUCAUUACAAUGUUGGAAAUGCGAAGUGACUGCUCAAUCAUCCGAAGAACCAGGUGUAUUUAUCGAUGAUUGUCAAGCGCAGUUCGAUUUCACUGAACAUACACUCGAAGAUUGUGAUGGAAAAUGUUGGAAGUCUAUUGAUUUGAUCGAUUUGAAACGUAUAGGAAAUAAUAGUGAAGAACGAUUGAAAUUAAAAGACAAAGCUUUGGCGUCACUUCGCUCAAGUCGUCGAUGUUUUUCAGCUGAUGAAUUACUUCGUGCGAAUGAAAUGGGAAUUGUCACAGCGAAUGGAUGUCGAAAAUUAAAACGAGAUUCCGAUAAGUCCAAAGAAAUUUGCUUUUGUUCAGAUCAAGAUAUGUGUAAUCAAGUCAUGAAAGUAUCCAAUUCUUUAUUUAUUCAAUACGCAUCUGUUCUAACUCUUUUCUUAUGUCUAUUGUAA